UGUUGCGGGAGUCCAGUGACCAAUCAGCUAGCAGCUAGGAGCCGGUCGCCCUACCUAAUAAUCUUGGUGGCUACACUGUAUAGAGGAGAAAGUUUAAAUCAGGAGGUCGAGCGCAUUUACAAGCGCACACUGACGUUUUACAAACACAUGCAACCUGAUCUGAAUGACUCGCAAAGAUCUAUGUGGCCUUAUUAAUUAAUGUCCACUGCAUAUGUGCAUAUUUCAAAUGACUCUAAACAACUUCGAGCCAGGCAUUUGUAAUUGCAAUCAUUUCUCGCCCUUCCGACCUUUUCUAAGGUCCUAUACCUCAUAUGGUAACUGGUACUGCCAUCAGAACUAAUAUAAGGGACUUUAUUCCAUUCUGACCCAUAGAUGAAGUAGAAAUCUAGACCAAAUCGGUGUUAAAAUGAAUUAUUUAAAGUUAAUACUUUUAGUUAUUUACGUGAAUUGUGUAUACGGAAGAAGGGUUGAACAAAGCCGAAAUGAGACGAGCUAUCACGAUAGUAGUGAUGCAUCUAGUAUAAGUAAAUCAGCCUGUCACUACACGGAUCCAAACGUAGCGGAAUGCAUCCAGCGCAUAGCAGAACAAGCGAGGCAGCUCCUGGCGCAAGGAGUACCUUCCCUGAACAUCCAGCCGCUGGAACCUCUCAAGAUCCCCAGCAUCAGGUUGCGGCAGCACAAUAUGCCACAGAACAGCUUCAAGUACGACGCCUGGCUGUCUGAUGUUGCCUUGGAAGGACUUACCAAUUAUACGUUUAAUAAAUUGGACGUUUAUCCUGAAGAGUUGAAGGUGACAGCUAAUAUCAGUCUACCACACCUGAUGAUGUCUGGAGACUACGUGGUGCUGGGAGACUUCCAGAUGCUGCCCGUCGAGUCUACGGGGAAGAUGGCCGCUAACUUUACCGAAUGCACUGCCGCUUUGGAAGCUUUGGGAGCCAGAGUACACAAGAGGAUGGUGAUCCGUGAUGCAAGUGUACAUCUGAGGUGUACGGGACCUUUGAAAGCAAGCCUCAUGGAGGCACACUCUACUACUGGAGAAAUGGAAAUGAUAACGGACCACAUAGCACAGAUGCACUCGAUGGAUAUCGCCAAGGAGGUCCAGCCUGCUGUGGAGACAGCACUUGCCAUGGUCUUGGAAGAUGUAGCCAACAAGUUCCUUAAGCAUAUCCCUCCAGACAUGGUCUUUGCGAAUUAAAUGAGUAAAUUGAUGAUUUUCAUAAAGAAAACUGAUGAAAACUGGUCAGGUCUUUCGGGUAAUAAGCAUUAUGUAAAUGACAUGACGUAAAUAAUAUAUUUGUCAUAUUUUUUGUGUCAAAAUUAAAACAGUUGCAUUUGAUAACGUCAAGUACAAAUAUUUUUGUAAAACUGCUGUAGAUUCUGUUGCUAUUAAAAUAGCAACAGGCGCUGUAUGAAUGGAAGUCUUUUUGUUUGCUUUAUUUCAAUGUUAUAUUUUUUUAAUUAUCAUAAGUUACGUGUAGUUUACAUGUAAUUCAGUGAUGUAAUUAUUUAAAUAUUUAUUUC